AUGUCGGUAGCAUCAGAUUCAUACUUCGGCACUAUGCAGCCAAACUCCAACCAAUACUUCUGGGACAAUCGCUCCUACCAACACCUGCAGCAGCAACAGCAGCAGCCACAGCACAUGACUCCUCAAUUUCCGCCACUGCAAUCAUAUCCUUCUUCUGCAAUCCCAAUUGACUAUGGCGGUCAUCCCAGUGGACCGAUGCAGGGCUAUCAUCAAGAUUCAGCCCCCUCUUCUGCCUACAUUCCUUCAUCUGCUGGCGCUCGUCAACAUUAUUCUCGCAGGUCCUCUCACCACUCUCCUAUGAGCUCCCAAGCAGCUUCAUUAAUCUCUGAUCCUGUCUUCUCUCCUGCCGACUCCCUAACUACCUCAGACGCAGACCGUCAAGUCAGAGUGAUAAGCUCACGGCCUCGACCCCAAUGUUGGGACCAUGGCUGCAAUGGCCGUGAGUUCUCUACUUUUAGCAAUCUCUUGCGACACCAGCGUGAGAAGUCAGGAGUGGUAGCAAAGGCAGAGUGUCCGAUUUGCAGAGCAGUGUUCACUCGCACAACAGCACGCAACAUCCACGUGGCACAAGGCAAGUGCAAAGGGACUGGACGAGAAUCAUCGUCGGAAUAA